AUGUGUUUUGGCAGUCGCAAAAGCGACAGCGGCGAGGCUCGCUCCCGCGAGCUCGACCGUAUGCUCCGGCAGGAUGAGCGCCGCAUGGCUAAGGAGGUCAAGCUCCUGCUUCUCGGCGCCGGAGAGUCGGGCAAAUCGACCAUUCUGAAACAGAUGAAGCUCAUCUACUCGCAAGGCUUCAGCAAAAGCGAGCGACUCGAUUGGAAACCGGUCGUAUUUAGCAACAUCGUACAGUCCUUCCGCACCAUCCACGAGGCAAUGUCGGAGCUCAACUACGAAUUUGACAACCCCGAUAACGAGAAGUAUAUGGCUUGCAUUCUUGUCGAACACGAGAUCAGCCCCGAAGAGACGCCACCACAAGAAUACCUCGAACCAAUCAAGAUCCUGUGGCAGGACAGCGGCGUGAAGAAAGCUAUUGCCAAGGGCAAUGAGUAUGCGCUCCAUGAUAAUCUUGCAUACUUUGUCGAAGACAUAGAUCGUAUCUGGGCCGAGGGCUACGUCCCCAACGAUCAAGAUCUCCUCCGCUCGCGACUACGAACCACGGGUAUCACAGAAACCAUAUUCGACCUCGGGCAACUAACAUACCGCAUGUUUGACGUCGGUGGUCAACGAUCCGAGCGGAAGAAGUGGAUACACUGCUUUGAAAACGUCAACUGCCUACUAUUCCUCGUCGCCAUUAGCGGUUAUGACCAGUGCCUGGUGGAGGACAAAGACGGGAACCAAAUGAACGAGGCGCUCAUGCUUUGGGAAUCGAUAGCCAACUCGCACUGGUUCACGCGGUCGUCCAUGAUUCUCUUCCUCAACAAGAUGGACCUCUUCCGUGAGAAGCUACCGCGCAGCCCCAUCAGCAAGUACGGCUUCACCGACUACCACGGUCCAACGGACGACUACAAGGCUGCCAGCAAAUAUUUUCUCGACAAGUUCAAGGCUUUGAGUCGCAACCCGGAAAAGGAAAUAUACGGUCAUUUCACCAACGCCACCGACACAAACCUGCUCAAGAUCACCAUGGGCUCGGUGCAAGAUAUGAUAAUACAACGCAACCUAAAGCAGUUAAUACUAUAA